AUGCAGAUCUUGGGUCCCGGUGGUAGUCCGGUCCUCUGGACAGCGUGUCUGCUAUUGGCCCAAUGUAUCGCAUCAUCGGGAGGACUGGUUGAGAAAGGAAUUAAGCAAGCAGUUGAUACCAGAAUUGAGGGCACGGACCUCCUAAUAUCGCUCAGUACAUCCUCCGAAGCAACUGCGCAGCUCCAGCCGCCUGCGACCGUCGAUCAUUUAGAGGCGCGAUUCGUCCGCAGGGCGGCUGAUUUCAAUUCCGACGUAGACCACAUCUCCUUUUGGGGUGACUGGGGACCAUGGUCUCCACCAACACAGACAUCAUCGAUCUCCUCAGCGACCACGACCGCCGCCACGACCACAAAGACGGCGACCACGACCACAAUCCGGAGCACUUCGACGACCUCCACAACCACAUCCACAGCAACGCCAACUGCGGAAGCCAACAAGUUUUUCUGGAUGCGCCUCGAGAAAUCUGGUGCGAGAUUCGUCAAAAGAGCUGGCAGCUACGUCAAGUUUGACGGCUUCGACGCUUACCUCACCAACGAUAAAAAUGAGGCAUCUGUAGUCGACUUGCGUGGGGACGUUAUCAUGCAUGUCGGCCUGUAUGUGGGUACUGCUAUCCGUGAGGGUGCCGUGGUCUUGGAAAGGUUCUGGACCGCUCAGGAUAAUGUCGUUCAUGGCUGGCAUCGUAACGGUGACGAGCUUACCUUUGCACCGGCCAGGCUUGGGUUCUGUGUUACAGACAGCUUGACCGUCAUUGCCGAACUCACCACUCCUCCUCCCUUCGUAUGUACGCCCUACAGGUUGAUUGCGGAGAAUGUUGAUGGUUCGCAUCAGACACCCACGACAACCACCACGAGUAAUCCUGGGCCAAGUACAACACCGACGACCACUUCCACUGCACCAACAUCAGAUCCCUCCGGAGACAUGGACGACGAGCCAGACCAUGAUGGACCACCCGGUAUGCCAGAUGAUCGGCAUGGUGGCUGGCAUGGAGGGCGAUACGGAGACCGUCCUUGGGGCAGGCGCCCUCCCUGGUAA